UUCGCAGCUGGCGCGCGGAAUAGAAACAGCGUGUAAACCAGGCCGCCGCUGACAGAGCACAGGCAGGACAAAAGCGGUAGCCCGUGAUGGCAUUUGGGGACACCUUUUCCUCCCUAGACCUUGAUGGCAGAAACUUCUGAAUUGCGUCCCCUCAGGCCGUAGGCUGGAGCCGGGCGCCCCGCUUAGGCCCUGGACCAGCUGCCUUGGAAGGUUAACGCGAACGUUUCCAGCAUCCCUGCGUUCCUGCGCCACUUAAACACUCCCGCGGGCCUCGACCCUCCACCCUCGGCUUCACCCGCUGCUCUAACCCCUCUCCGACCGGAAGGUCUAGCGGGCCUCCCCGGCGUCCAGGCCACGCGUCACCGCCCCCCGGGCGCCCCAGACGCGGGAAUCGGCUCUGUGUCUUUAAGGGGGCAGCGGCGCCUCCGUCGGGACAAAAUGUCUGCGAGGAGCCGGGAGGCGAGGGGCGAGCGGCCCGGCGUCCGACACUGCAGAAGGAAUGGGGAGUGAAGAGCCCUUGGAGACCAUGGAAGACACCUGGAGGCCAGAAGACACUGCAGGGCAGGGUGGCCCCUGUCCCGCGCUGGCGCCCGCCGCUCCCGGCCACGUGGGGGCGCCCUACUCCGAGGCCUGGGGAUACUUCCAUCUGGCCCCAGCUCGGCCCGGACACCCGUCGACCGGCACCUGGGCCACCUGCCGGCUGUGCGGGGAGCAAGUGGGCGGCCACUCCGGCUUCCAGGCGUGGACGGGGGCGCUGUGGCGGCACCUGAGCGGUGCGCACCUGCGGGAGCUGGAGAAGAGCGCCGCCCGGAGCUCGCCGCCCUCUGUGCCCUGCCCGCCGCCCGGACCCACCACGGCUGCCGAGGGUGACUGGGCUCGCCUGCUGGAGCAAAUGGGCGCGCUGGCCGCACGGGGCAGCCGGCGCGAGCUAGAGCUGGAGCGGCGCGAGGCCGUCCUAAGGCAGGCCGAGCGCGCCCUGGAGCGCAGGCGCCGGGCUCUGCGGCAGGAGGAGCGCGCCAUGGCGCAGGCGCGCCGCCAGCUUCAGGCCGAGCGCCAAGCACUGCAUACGUGGAUGCGGGAGCAGAGCCUCGAUGCAGGGGUUCUAGAACCCCCUUCUCCUAGGCCUCCACUCCUCAAGGAGGACCCCGACGGGGAUGUCCAUGACAACGAGAUCACCAAAGUCCUGCUGUAGCGACGCAACUCCAUGUGUAAACCUAAUCAUAGUCUGCUGAGAGCCAGGAGCGACCCCAAGGACUUCUUCCGGUAGCCUGGUUUGGGUGCAUGAAGAUGCACCUUUCAGUAAGAGGAAUCCGUUCCAGCAACCUCCAUUUAAUGCCUUAAGACUGAAGGCUUUUUAAAACCAGAAGGUUCUCUAAACACCAAAGACUCAGAACACCCCAAGCCUUGCAGGGAGAGGGGUAUGGAAAUGAAGAUAAGAUUCUUUAUUCAGAAAUGGUCUGUUCCUUUCCUAAUGAAUGAUCGUGUCCCAGCACCAAGUUCCAAAUGACCUUGAGUUCGAUUGACUCUCUAGCUCCUUUCCUUCAGCAUCUAUGGACCCCUCCCCCAAUUGGGCCAGUCCCAGAGAAACUCCUGUUUUGCUCUCCCAAGGCCAUGGGCAUCUUUUUAUUAGAAUCCUCUUUCCCUGGAGGACCCAUUGACAGUACUGUUGUAUAAUCAGGCGGUAGGGGCACGGUGGUUGGCUUGCUACAAGGUGUACAUAGCCACUGAGGAAUCACAGGCCAACAGAGCUGGUAAUAAAGGAGGCUCAUUGUGGGAAAGGGGGAGGGAGUCUGGGGAAGGAGUAGAGUGAGUGAGCCAUGAGAGAGGGCAGGGAGGGAGAGAGAGUGGGGACAAGACAGAGAGCAAGGGGACAGGGAGAACAUCAAGAGAGCAGGAUAGCAGGUGGGCCCUUUUAUCUGGCACACACCUGGCAGCAGCAGGUGAUGACAUAAGGUGUUGCUAUGUCCCUGGGGCAGGCUAGUGGAAUCACCGCUACACUAAUACUCCUCCCUUUUUGUUUAAAAAACUAAGGGUAGGAAUAAGGACAUCUGGGUUCUUUUGACUGCUUCCUGCAGCGGCUUCUCUGGGGGCCCUAAAGAAAUUGGGAUGCUAAGUCCUGAGAGAGCUGGCUGUUUCACUGCUGUCCGGGAUCUGUGGGACCUCUGUGUCUAGAAAAGUGCAGGCCUGGUUAAGCAGUCUUCGAGGCUGGACAGGAGCACCUGUGGAGAGCUGCUUCCGAGCUGUCCUGGAUACUGGAGGAAACACCUGGACUUGGCAGGAUACUGGAACAAACAUGGGCAGAAGACAAAGCAGGUUAGGGAGAGAAUCUUUUUCUCAGGUGUACAUUUGAAACGUUUAGCAAUGGUCUUGAUGGUUGGAGGAGGGUGUCCCACCCUCUGAACUAGGAAAAAGGUGGGAAACAUAGGCUGUUGUUUGACAGUACUUACAUGGCGUCCGUUUGAUCUGAGAGGUGGACUGAGGUGGAAUUCCUGUAGCCUACAAGAAUCUUUUCAAGUUUACAAAGAAGUUUUACAAGUUAGCACCACAAUUAUUUGCAAUCGGCAAUGAAAUACUCAUUGUAGAAAAAGGCGGUAGGCACACAUCUCUAUGUCAUAGCAUAGCAGAGACUUGGGAAACAAUUUUGGAUUAAAAGCAUGAACGCUUUAAGGUGAGCUCAGGGAAAGCAGAAACCGAACCAUCCUGUGAUGCCUGUCCACAACACAGGUGUCCUAAGGCAAGCUCUGGGAGGAAAAGACCUCCUGUAGAGCUCAUUUAAUCUUGCUUUUCAGUAUGAUGGCACAUCAUGAAAGAGGGAUGACUUCCCUCUGCCCAGAAGACAGGAUUCAUGCAAAUUAAGCACAGUGAGAAACACUUUUAAGUUUAUACUUAAAAGACAAACCAAAGAAAGUUUUAAAUCUCAAACUUCGGGUUUAGGAGCUAUAAUUGUCUGAUCUGUAGCUGAUAAGCUACCAUCGUUAGCUUAGCUGUCAAUGUGAUCAGAGACCUGAGAAGGAUGAAUUAUAAUCUGUUCUUUAAAACAAGGAAAAUCCCAACAGUUCUAUUUUACCAAUAAAGACUCGGGAGCCAGAUGCUGUGCUAGCUCAGAGAGGCAGAGAAAGCACCCAGCUGACCUUCCUUCUCAGCUCAGGUCUGGAUGGAAAUCCUGUGUACUGAAAGCUCUUAGACUAAAGGUGUGUACUAGGACUAAACUAUACCAUUAUCACCGGUUUAAAAUAAAGUUCUUGGAUUAAAGGGGUGUGACAGGCUCAACCAUACCAAAGAAACAGGGUUUUCAGUUCACAAUUUUGUGAUUCACAAUGGGAUCAAAUAUCCUACAACAUCCCCCCCCCCCUUUUAAGUAAAAGACUUUUUUUUUCUGACAUCAAUAAACUAUAUACUAUCAGGUAAAAAUUACAUUCACAAUGUCUAGUCGAUAUGUAACUGGUAACCUUGAGGAAGUAUUCUAUCUUGGUCAGUCCAGAGUUCUGUACCUAAAAUCACUUUGUAUCAAAACUUGCAAUACCAAUCAAAAAUCAUCUUUUUAGACCUAAAAUAUCUUAAAUCCUAAAGAACUUUGUUAUAACUGUAAGAUUAUAACUAUUUAGUCUUCAGCCCUAUCAAAGACUUGAGAAGGAUGAAUAUUAUCUGAAUAAGCAGGAAGAACAGAGCAAGCAGCUUCCAAAACUAUAGAAAUGCUGGCUGCCUGGUCAGUUGGAGCAUCAUCUUCAGCUUUCUGGCUCAAUAUCCAACAGACUUUUCUGUGAAGCAGCUAAAAUGAAGGACUUGCCUACCUUGUCCUUGCAAAGCUUGGCAGUCAACUUUCCUGCAUCCAGUUUGUCCAGCAUUCUGUCUGCAGUAGAAGCAAGGGCAUCCCUUGCCCAAAGGCUGUCUUGCCACAAAUGAAGCCAUCUCCUCAAGAAUUUUUUUUUGAUGCUCAUCCUCUUCUUUGAAGUCGAAAAGGGGUGCUUCCAGGAGCUGAUAUUUCUCUUUGUGAAAAAAUUAUCAAUCUUUAAAUGCCAUAAUCUAUAGAUCCUGACGUUUUUGAAGACAAUCUAUCUCUAUAUCUUGGUUACUUGUUGCAAGCUAUAUACUGACUUAGCAAACAUCUGUGUUUAGCUAAAAUAGUACCCAACAAAACCACAAAUUAGAUUCACUAUUAGUGUGCAUUUCUAAUUAUCUUAAACAGUUUCUAAGAGUAGCUUUCAAAAGGACUAGAACUUCACAUUGCAUUAUUAAGAAUUACAUAGGUACAAUACCUUAAAGAGUUGCUACAUAAUAUGCCGUAACCAAACUAUAAUUUUGUAUCAGUAUGCAAAUGGUCUGUACCAAUGUAACCAAUUAUAACCUUAAUUUUGUAUCAAUACACAAAGAGCUUUAAGAGUAGAUCCAAUAAUCUAUCCCUUUUUCCUAUUGUUCCUAUAUUAUUUCUAUAUCCCCCUUUUGUCUUAAUAAAAAGAAAUGAUACAGUAAAACUAUUUACAAAUAUUAAGCAAUUUUUGCUAAGCUUUCCACAAUGUCCAGCUUGGUUGUAUUUGGCAAUCUUAAAGAUCAACUAUUUUUAAGUUCAAAAUUCUGUAAAAUGUCAUAUGAACUCAGCAUUUUGAAUGUCCUAAGUAGUCUGUAGUCCAAAACUGAUCUUUAGCUGGUGAUUGUCAGCUUAGUGGCAAUCCCAAUAAGGCAGAAUGUAACAGUCAACUCAAAGGUAUCCAUUGUCUUGUGCAGAACUAGGCAGCAGAGGAAACGUGGAGCAGUUUUUCUCCAGUGAUGGUUGUUACACAAUCCAGGUGGUGGAUUCGUCUUUGGUGGCCCCUUCAUCUUCUUGUUAACCUAAAAGAUUACUGUUAGGAGUGGUAGAAAACCUAAACUUUUUAAAUACCAUGUUCAGCAGCUCUCAGAAAGGAUUGAGGACCAUGAUCUACUGAGUACAUAUGAGGUAUACAAACUGUUUAUAGUUACUUGCUUCAGACUCAAACCUGGAAACAUGUAUAUGAAGCUAGAUGAAGCUUACUUCUAAAAGGAGUUAAUAACUACUAAUACCAUGACAGAAAGUUUAUAGAUACAUAAUAAUCAUAGGUUUUGAGAUAAUAUUCCUUAAAAAAUUAGAGAGUCAAAUGAAAACCAAAAAAUUAUGAGAUCAGUGGCAGUAGAACAAUCCCUUAUUUUUUGUUUUGCUGUGUCAUACCAGGUAGCUUUUCUGAUAUGAGGCAGAUUUUGAAUUUUCCUUAAACAAGCAUGCAUGGGUUUAGAGAAGAGAGGAGAGCCACACUGCAACCCCAAAGCCAGCUUUAAUUUUCAAUUGAAUUACAUAAAGACCAUUUGCUGCUUAUGUCUGUAGAGGGCAGAAGAGACAAGAUCGAGAUGGGUGAUAGCACUUAGCCAAUUACUCUUUUACUUGUCACAUUUUCUCUUGAUAAUCCAUCCUUUUUAUGAAGAUGUUUCAUUUGUCCAGUGGUCUCCAAAUUCCUUAGAUGUUUUUAUUCUCCUGGAAAGAUAAAAAAAAAAAAAAAAGACAACUCUGCCCCAACCCUACUCUGGAGGGUUUCUUUCUUUCUUUCUUUUUUUUUGGGGGGGGUUAUAUCUUUUCUAGGGCAAAAUGCUUUUCGGUAAUAGAAAAAGUAUUAUCACUCAAUUAAAAUUUUAAAAGUUCUUUUGAAAAUUUGAAAUUAAAUAUACCUUUAUAUAUAUCUAUGUAAGCAGCUUUUUAAAUUAAAACAUUGUAAUUCCUUUGUGCCUGCUGCUGUCUCCCAAGAUCAAAGGCAUAUGCCUCCAAGUCCUGGGAUUAAAGGUGUGAACCACCACACCUGGAUCUAACUUUUUCUUUGCUUGGAACUGGGUCUGUAUCAGGCUGCCCUUAAACUCGGAGAUCUACAUGCUUCUGUCUUCUGAGUAUUAGGACUAAAGAUGUAUGCCUCCAAGUGCUGGGAUUAAAGGUGUGACCCCCCCCCCCCGUUUGUUGGAACCCUAGAAUUCAGAAAGCAAUUAAGUGGUAGGGAUCUGCCUGUCUCUGCUAGAUUACAGACAUGGGCUUCUACUGCCCUGCUCAAAUUUUUUAUCUUAGCUCCAAAUUGCUACUCAAAGUUUGGCCAUCUGAAUAGUAAAUGGUGAUUCUUUAUAUUGUUAUUGGUGAUAUAAGGUCUUUCUAUGCAGCCCUGGCUGUCCUGGAACUCACUGUGCAGACCAGGCUGGCCUUAAACCCAGAGAUCCAACUGCCUUAGCUAUGAUAGCUGAGACUAAAGGUGUGAACCAUGAUCCCAAACUGUUUAUACUGAGACAACUUUUGUCCUCUUUUUUUUUUUUUUAAUUUGAACAAUCUAGGAACAUUUGAAGGGCUAAUAAAAUUAAUAUCCAUACAUACGGAUGUGUGUGGUGUGUGUGACAGUUUUGAAGCAGCCAGUUGUAUUUUGAUUUGUCUGUUUUUUACGGGCCAUCUUCUACAUUCUGCUCCUGAUUCAUUUUCUUAUAAAAUUUCAGUAACUUCUGCCAGCAACUCACUGACACCUAUUCAUCCUGGGUCUGGACUCCGUGCCCAGUUACCAGGCCCAUGGUUCCUCUCACAACUUGCACAUCCUGACACUUGAUAACUAGUAUUGAAAGGGUUAGACUAACCUAUAUGUAACCUGUAUGUCUUCUAAAGUCUAUAGUUUUGAGUUUUAGGUCCAGGUUAAGCUAAAGCCUCUUAGUACCUUUCCAGAGAAUGGAGGAAUGUGACCCUAUCUGUGAGGACAGAUAUAAAAAAGUGAGCAAGCAAUGACCUUCACUCAGCAAAAAGAAUGACUAGACCCUUGUCUUCGAGAUAGUGUUUCUUAGCAACCAACCCAGAUGGCCUCAAUCUUCUGAGUAGACCCUGACCUCCAGCCAAAAGCCCACUGCCCCAAUCUUCAAGGAUGAGCUAACCACCCCCACCUUUAAUUGCAGCUGCAUCCACACUUGGCAGGAUUGGCCAAAGUUGAGCACCUAAGACUAACCAAUUAUCUUACUUUAUAGCUUCCUCAUCCAAUCCUGAAUUGCCAAGACUGCAACCUCAAAAUUCCCACGCUUUAUCCUUUAAAAACCCAAGGUCUUUGUCUCCCCCAGUGCCACUCCUUGCUGAUCAGCAGGGGUGACCCCAUUGUGCAAUGAUCAAAAUAAACCUCUUGCGAUUUUGCACUGAGACCCAUCUCCUGAGUUCUCUUCAUCCCUUCUCGAAAUUAAGCUCAUGAUGGGCCUAACAGUAUUUUCUGGGCACUUGCAGCAUUAUCAAACACACAGCAGCUCCAAGGAGAGGUAUUGAUACUGUGCCUGGCUUGUAAACAAGAAAGAUGACAGCAAGAUAUAAAGCUGCUUGCUGCCAAGCAUGGAGACCUGAGUUCAGUCACGAUCUGAUCCAUACAGUGGAAGGAGAAAAGUGAUUCCCACAAGUUCUUGAAGAGUUUAAGUUAGACUGAAUAUAAUUUCAUUUUGAAAUAAAGAUCUUGACUGGGAACUGAAUUCAGGUACCAGGAAAUAUCACAGAAUGUACACCUGGCAGAAAACAAAGUUAACUUUCCUAGCAACAGCUUCCAGGAAAUAUCACAGAAUAAAUGCUUCAUAGAAAAUAGAGACAAUCUUCAUAGAAAAUAGAGACAAUCAAUGGGAAUCAGUUGGAAAUCGGGUGGGAAAAUUCUCCUCAAUGUUUCAGAUAUGGUUUAGAAAAAUAGCCAUUGUGAUUAUAUGCCUUAACCAUUGUGAUUGUGUGCCUCAGAAUAGGUCACCCUGCCCUGCUAAACUUCACCCAAUCCUUUAAUGCCAAGGCUUGUGCACCCCUGCUUGCUGCCAUGGAAACCCCCUGCUCACGGACUUUCCCUUUAAAAAUCCUGUUUACUCAAGAGCUUGGGGUCCCAUUUCUCUAUGCUGCGUCAGAGAGACUUGGGUCCCAAGUUCGAUCACUCUCAUAAUAAAGCUCUCUUGCUAUUGCAUCGA